UCACAAAAAUAGAAGGACUUGAAGCACUAAUUAAUCUGACUAGACUGAAUUUAUCCUAUAACCACAUAAAUGAUUUAAGUGGUUUGAUGCCCCUUCAUGGAAUCAAACAUAAGCUUAGAUACAUCGACCUGCACAGCAACUGCAUAGACAGCAUCCACCACCUGCUCCAGUGCAUGGUGGGCUUGCACUUCCUGACAAACCUGGUUUUGGAGAAGAAUGGCGAGGAUAACCCUGUCUGUCGGGUGCCGGGGUACCAAGCAAUUAUGCUGCAGACCCUGCCACAGCUUCGAAUCCUGGACUGCAAGAACAUAUUUGGUGAGCCGGUAGACCUGUCACAGAUAAACUCCUCAAGUCUGCAGUGCUUCGAAGGUCUUUUGGAUAAUUUGGUUUCAUCUGAUUCUCCCCUAAAUAUCAGUGAAGAUGAGAUCGCUGACGGCCUGCCGGUGGUGACGGCCCCCACGGGUGAUGACAUGGCCCCCCUGGACCCGUUUGCAAGUCCUCCGACUGACACGGGGCUGCCGUCUUUCAUGUCCGUGUGCCCACCUUCUGAGCCAGAGAAGGAUAAUCAUGAUAGCGAUUUUCAGAAUGAGAUGAAACUUCAGAAAUUAGAUGAUCAGUUUUUACAGCUUCUCAAUGAAACUUCUAGCUCUUUAAUAGAUAAUGUUCCCGAGAAAGACCUGAUACUGAAAAGAGACAUGGAUAUAACUUCUGAAAGUGACUAUGGCGGCAACAGAAAAGAAUGCAAUAGAAAAGUUCCUCGAAGAUCGAAAAUCCCAUAUUAUUCCAAAACAAUUCAGACUAUUAAGCACUACAACAAAAACAGCAACACUUCCAUAAGCCAACUGGAGGAGGUUGAGGAGCCGAGGACUGAGCUGAUGCAAGUGAACAUCAGUUGCCCAGAGGACACCUACCGGAUACUUGUUGAGCAGCUAGACCAGGAGAGAGAGAAGAGGUGGAAAGCUGAACAAGCUGAAAAGAAGCUCAUGGAUUAUAUCGAUGAGCUGCAUAAGCAUGCAAACGAAAAGAAGGACAUCCACAGCCUGGCUCUGCUCACCACAGACAGGUUAAAGGAGAUUAUUUUUAAAGAGAGAAAUUCCAAAGUGCAACUCGAAGUUAUGGUUCACAAACUUCAAAAUGAAAUUAAAAAACUGACCAUUGAAUUAAUUAAAGCGAGAGACCAGCAAGAGGAUCACAUUCGACACCUGAGAGCCCUGGAGAGAGCGUUAGAGAAGAUGGAGCGGCAGAAAGGGCAGCAGCAGACGGCACAGAUGCGGCUUAUCGAAGAGGUAGAGCUCAAGGCGGCGGCUGCCGACCGAGAAAUUAACUUACUUCGAACUUCCCUUCAGCAAGAAAAGGAGCAGGUGCAGCAGCUUCACGAGCUUCUUGCACUGAAGGAGCAAGAGCAUAGGAAAGAACUUGAAACAAGGGCGUUUUUCAGUGAUGCUGAGUUCCAGGAAGCCAUAGCCAAGGAAGUGGCAAAAGAAGAGGCAAAGCAUGAGCAAGAGAUCAAAGGAUACCAAGAAAAAAUCGACACAUUAAAUCAUCAGUACCUGGAUUUGGAGAAUGAAUUUCGUAUUGCUUUAACUCUCGAAGCCAGAAGAUUUAAAGAUGUUAAAGAUGGUUUUGAAAGUGUUGCAACUGAGUUAGCAAAGAGCAAGAAUGCUCUUGUCUGGGCUCAACGGAAAGAAAACGAGUCUUCCUCUUUAAUUAAAGAUCUGGCCUGCAUGGUGAAGGAGCAAAAGACAAAGCUUGCGGAAGUCUCCAAACUGAAACACGAAACAGCAACAAACAUGCAGAAUCAGAUCAGCACCCUUGAGCUCCUGAUCGAAGACGACAAGCAGAAGAGCAUCCAGAUCGAGCUGCUCAAGCACGAGAAAGUCCAGCUGAUUGCCGAGCUCGCAGCCAAGGAGUCACUAAUUUACGGUCUCAGGACAGAGAGAAAAGUGUGGGGACAGGAGCUGGCACAACAGGGAUCCUGUCUGGCCCAGGACCGCGGGAAACUGGAGGCGCAGAUCGAAAGUUUAUGCAAAGAGAACGAGUCUCUGCGGAAGACGAACGAGCAAGACAGCGACACGCUGCGGAUUAAGUGCAAAAUCAUAGAGGACCAAACCGAGACCAUCGGGAAAUUAAAAGCUUGUUUACAGGAAAGAGAGGAACAAAUCAAAAUAUUACAAGAAAACAUCUGUGAAAUACAGAAAUGUACUCAAGAACAACUUGACGAAAAAUCUUCGCAACUGGAUGACAUAAUUGAGAAACUAGAAAGACACAAUGAAAGAAAAGCAAAACUAAAACAGCAGUUGCAAGUAAAGGAAUUAGAACUUGAAGAAAUUAGAAAGGCUUACAGUAUGCUUAAUCAGAAGUGGCAUGAUAAAGGGGAGCUCCUCAGUAAUCUGGAAAUGCAAGUAAAGGAAGUGAAGGAGAAAUUUGAGAACAAGGAAAGGAAGCUGAAAGCGGAAAGAGACAAAAGUGUUGAACUACGAAAGGAUGCUGUGGAAAAGCUUUAUUGUAUGGAUGAUGCCUUUAAAAAACAAGUGGAGGCAAUUGUUGAAGCUCAUCACGCUGAAAUAAUACAUCUGGAAAAUGAAAAGCAAAAAUAUAUUGAUUCUGCAAAUUUAAAGGUUCAUCAAGUUGAAGAAGAAAUGCGUGGACUUCUGCAAGAAAACUGCAAGAACAAAAAAGCACUGGAAGCAAAAAUUAAGCAUCUUGCUUUUGCUGUAAACGAAAUUCAUCAGGUCUUGUGAUGGUUCUGAGAACAAACUCAAUUGAAAUGGACCAGCAGACCAAUUGUAAAAAUGAUUAAAUAUUGUAACAGUAGUAACUGCUAUGACUUUGAAAUGUCUCUUUCUACCCAUUUCAUUCUGAUUUUUAAAAGACAUUUGAAAAAGUAUUUAAUUGUAUAUGUAGCUUUUUAUAAUAAAUUGUUGAUAAUUAUGUGUAUUAGAAAAACCUAUCCAAAUAACUAGACUUAAGACACUUUUUGUUUCUGUACUAUACAUUCUUUGGUAAUUACACUUUGCCUAAAUAUGUAAAUGGAAAUUAAGGUUAGCCUUUGAUAUAUUAGGGAAAUUAUUUUAAUAGUUGUCAUUGCCUUAUUGUAUUGAUGAAGAAUUAAUUAUAUUUCUUGGUUGUCCUUUAGUUUAUGUAGCUCCAUUCUUUCAAAAUGCUCAUAUGAAGAGCCAAAAAGUAUCUGAGAUCUGUAUGGUCAGAGAUGUGGCACUCGUAAGAAAGCAUGUCACCAUUUCCUCAUCCUUCAUAAUGACCCCUUUUUUAUAAUGCAUAUGACUUUCAUUAAAGAUUACAUUUAAGGUUUAUAAACAUUGUCUGUUCCAGAGGAACACUACUGUUCCACCCUUAUUUUUUCAUUUCCCCCUUUAGUCACUGUAUAUAUGAAGAGAAUUCUUAUUUUGCAACUGGAAACUGUUUUCUUCCAUUCAUCCAGUCAUUUAUUACUGUAUCACUUUUGUCAUCUUUUAUGUUCCUGUGUAUAUAAAACAAAAACCUAAGUACUAUCCUCCUCACUGUUUUUUAAAGAGAAUAUAAUACUAUGCUUUUAAGUAAUAGCCAGUGACGUUUUAAAAGUUAAAUGGAAAAAUAUAAAUGCUUCUAAAAGAGGGUCCAUGUUUCACUUUAGGAAGCUUCACACUGACAUCUGUGGGACAGCAUUGAACAUACCGAGGUGUAUGGGAGUUGGGGAGGAGAGAGCAUAGAAAUAUUUGGGAGAAUAAUAGCUAAAAACUCCCUAAGUUUGAUGAAAAAAGAUCAAUUUACAGAUCCAAGAACUUCCAUAAAACCUAGGAUAAAUAUGAAGAGAAACACUUAGACACUUUAUAGUCAAACUGUUGGGAAAAUCUUGCAAACAAGAAAAUAUGGUUUAUCUCAGAGGAACAGUAUGACUAACAGUUGACUUCUCAUGAGAAACAAUGGAGACCGGAAGGCAGUGAAUGACAUAUUUGAAGUAUGGGAAGACAGGAAUCGUCAACCAAGAAUGCUGUCUCCAAAACUAUCCUUCAAAAUAAAGACAGAAAAUGUAUUGCUAGCCAAACUAAUGGAAAAGAAAUGUUAAAGGAUGAAAGGAAAUGAUAUCAGACAGUAACUCAUAUCCACUGCAAGAAAUAAAGAAUAUUGGAAACAUGAAGAACUCUGCGGACCUGUUUCCCAGCAAAAUAACACUAACUGGCAAAGAGUUUUUUAAAAUACCAUUUAGAGUCUCUGAAAACUGUCCUGAGAGCAUACAGCAGUGAAGACAUUUAUUGAAGAACAUUUACUAAACCUGUCGACAGCAGAAGCCUGAGGCACCGAGACAUAGCCAUCUCCCAAUACCUCCCACCCAGCCUGAUGGGAGUUUCGUAGUGGAUCGCUGUGGCCAAGAAGAUAGGUGCCCCUCCGCUCCACUCCAUCAGUCACCAGGGAGGGCAAGCUGACAGCCUUAACCAUGAGUCCGAAGAGCCAGCAAGACUCAAGCUACUA